CUGCAAGCUCAGAGCGUUGCAGAUAUCAGCUGUCGAAGAUUUGUUACUGCUAAGAUGAUACUCUACCUCACUCUGCCUAAGUUUGUUACACUUGUCUGCUACCAUAAUGCUCAUCUACUUUUCUUUUUAAUGGAAACAGAGGAACACAUUCUUCCUAAACAAUUUCAAAUUUAUUCUAAAACAUGCGACAUUUGGAGACAGCAGAGGAGUGGCUCAGGCCUUUUGUUGUUUCAAAGGCUUGGGACUACUGUGUUGUAUGGAAGUUGGGUGAUGAUCCUUCAAGGUUCAUUGAAUGGAUGGGUUGCUGUUGCAGUGGAGGAGGUGGUAGUUAUGUUAAUGUAAAUGUUAAAGAGGAAAGAGAAGUAGAGGUUCCUCUUUGCAGGGAUGUUCACUUUAAGCAUCCUUUAAGGACUAAGGCUUGCGAGGCUCUUGCCCUUUUACCUUCUUUCGUGCCUCUUUAUUCUGGGUAUAUCACUUUCUUUCUUCAUCUUUCACUGUUUCUUAACCGUAAUAUACUGAGAAAACUUUUAUUUACUUUUUAA